GCGCGGCAGGGCGAGGGGAGGAGAGAGGAGCGGAGCGGAGGCGGCGGCGCGCUGGCCAUGGCAGCAGCCCGCGGGCGGAGAGGCAGCCGCCGCGGGCUGCCGCUGUGAUUGGCACGCCGAGGAGAGGAGGAGGAAGGCGCGGGGCAGCCGCCAUCCCGCAGGAUGCCGGGCGGGCGCGGCGCGGCGGGCGGCGCGGAGCUCCCGGGGGCCGGCGCGGCGCGGCAGCGCAGGCGGCGGAGGAAGGUGUCCUGCUUCUCCAGCAUCCAGCUCUUCCUCGUGUCCGAGUGCGCCCUGAUGCUGGCCCAGGGCACGGUGGGAGCCUACCUGGUGAGUGUCUUAACCACCUUGGAGCGGCGAUUCAACCUUCAGAGUGCUGAUGUGGGCGUCAUUGCCAGCAGCUUCGAGAUUGGCAACUUGGCCCUCAUCCUCUUCGUGAGCUACUUCGGAGCCCGAGGGCACCGGCCACGCUUGAUAGGAUGUGGAGGGAUAGUCAUGGCCUUGGGUGCCCUCCUUUCCGCGUUGCCUGAAUUUCUAACCCACCAGUACGAAUAUGAGUCGGGAGAAAUACGCUGGGGGGCUGAAGGAAGGGAUGUGUGUGCUGCCAACGGGUCCACCAGUGAUGAGGGACCAGACCCGGACCUUAUCUGCAGGAAUAGGACUGCUACCAACAUGAUGUACUUGCUGCUCAUUGGAGCACAGGUCCUCCUGGGCAUUGGUGCUACUCCUGUCCAGCCCCUGGGAGUUUCCUACAUUGAUGACCACGUGAGGCGGAAAGAUUCUUCCCUGUAUAUAGGGAUCCUGUUUACGAUGCUGGUAUUUGGACCAGCCUGUGGAUUUAUCUUGGGCUCUUUCUGUACCAAAAUCUAUGUGGAUGCUGUGUUCAUCGACACAAGUAAGCUGGACAUCACCCCAGACGACCCUCGGUGGAUUGGUGCGUGGUGGGGAGGCUUCCUGUUGUGUGGUGCCUUACUCUUCUUCUCAUCCCUGCCGAUGUUCGGGUUCCCGCAGUCCUUGCCCCCUCGACCAGAGCACGCCGGGGAGAGCGAGCAGGCCAUGCUUCCUGAGAGGGACUAUGAGAGAACCAAGCCAAGCAAUGGGGUCCUGCGACACGCGCUGGAUGGGGAGAGCAGCACAACCUGCUUCCAGCAGCUGCGAGUGAUCCCCAAAGUAACUAAGCACUUACUCUCCAAUCCCGUCUUCACCUGUAUCAUCCUGGCAGCCUGCAUGGAGAUUGCAGUCGUGGCUGGCUUCGCCGCCUUCCUGGGAAAAUACUUGGAGCAGCAGUUCAACCUCACCACCUCAUCUGCCAACCAGCUCCUGGGGAUGACGGCAAUACCAUGCGCUUGUCUGGGCAUAUUCCUGGGUGGCCUCUUGGUGAAGAAGCUCAGCCUGUCUGCUCUGGGAGCUAUCAGGAUGGCCAUGCUGGUGAACCUAGUGUCCACAGCUUGCUACGUGUCUUUCCUGUUCCUGGGGUGCGACACAGGACCUGUGGCAGGGGUUACUGUUCCCUAUGGAAACAACUCAACUCCAACCUCAUCUCUGGACCCAUAUUCCCCCUGCAAUAACAACUGUGAAUGCCAAACUGAUUCCUUCACUCCAGUCUGUGGGGCAGAUGGGGUCACAUACUUAUCUGCCUGCUUUGCUGGCUGCAGCAGCACGAACCUCAGUGGCUGUUCGUGCCUCACCUCAGUCCCUGCUGAAAAUGCCACCGUCGUUCCUGGCAAAUGCCCCAGUCCUGGCUGCGAAGAGGCCUUCUUGACAUUCCUCUGUGUGAUGUGCAUUUGCAGCAUGAUUGGGGCCAUGGCGCAGACUCCAUCAGUCAUCAUACUCAUCAGAACCGUGAGCCCCGAACUCAAGUCUUACGCUUUGGGGGUGCUUUUCCUGCUUCUCCGUUUGCUAGGUUUUAUCCCACCUCCGCUGAUCUUUGGGGCUGGAAUUGACUCCACGUGUCUGUUUUGGAGCACGUUCUGUGGCGAGCAAGGAGCCUGCGCGCUGUACGACAAUGUGGUCUAUAGAUACCUGUAUGUUAGCAUUGCUAUAGCUCUGAAGUCUUUUGCAUUCAUCUUAUACACAACCACCUGGCAGUGCUUGAGGAAAAACUAUAAAAGAUACAUCAAGAACCACGAAGGUGGUCUCAGCACUAGUGAGUUUUUUGCCUCUACUCUCACCCUAGACAAUCUGGGGCGGGACUCAGUGCCCCAAAAUCCAUCACAUAGGACAAAAUUUAUCUAUAACCUUGAAGAUCAUGAGUGGUGUGAAAAUAUGGAGUCUGUUUUAUAGUGACUGUGGAGAGGUGAACUAUAUUAAUAAUACAAGGGUCCUUUUUAAUAAAAACAAGAAGAGAGCACGAAUGAAGAAACACAACUGCGAAACAACAAUGGCAACACAGGAAACUUUUGUCUUUUUCUCAAAAUCAGACCUAGCCAGGAUUCUUGAGAACGGCAUCUUUUAUCGGGAUCAUUUCUGACAUCCCGCGGGGUGAUGGAAAAAGCAGGGAGCCACUGUGGCUGGGUACCAGCCCCUUUGAUGACAGUACGAGCUACCAAGAAGGGCAUCUACAGAGGUUCAUCAGAGAGCUCAGCAAAUGGACAGGCAUGAGGCAUGGAGAAAGCAAGGUGAUAACAGCAGUGCCAGAAUAAGCGCUUGCAAAUGGGGUCCCAGGGAUCCAUGAAGCGCCACAGCAUGGGCUGAAGGGUUAGCCGGUCUGGGUGCUGUUCAAACUCGCUGCGCUCUGUAAUGGCAAAGAGGGAGCGGUGCUGGAGUUGUUCUACCAGUCGCACUCUGUCACCAGCCACGAGUCCACGAUAAAUACCUUGAAAGUUGCUGGAAACCUUCCAGGUGGCAAGCAAUGCUGUCAGAGGUAUCCGAGUCCUUCCAGCUGAGGCUUAUUCGCAGAUUGCAGCUUUGGGGUUGCCUGUGAAUAACUGUGCUCAGAUCUCUCAAACCCAGUAAAGUUCAAGACAUUUGCUCACACUUGCCAAAUGUGCUGUCAUUUUUAAAGGGGGAUGAAUUCCAAAUACUUGUCUGUGUAGUCCCCUAAUAAGAUUUUUUUAAAAAUUAUUUUCAAAUCUAUGUUAACCCUUAAAUCGCUGAUGCUUUUCCAUAGGGAGGAUUUAUUUAUGCUCGUUUGGGGAAGGAUCCUGUUUAAUUCACCCAAACAUAAUGGGACUCAAAGGGUUUGUCUAAUCCUCUGCGUUUUUAUCCAUACGCCUUCAUUCUAAUAUGCUACCAAGCCAAUGAAGACACAUAAUGUUUUUAAAAAAGAGAAUGAAUGCACUGUGUCUCUAUAAAAACAAUUGUCAGUUGGAGAAUUAUAGAUAAUAUGAUGAUUUACAUAAUAUAGUUUUUUUCAUAUUCUAUGUGACUCAGUGAAUACAUAUAUAUAUGGGGAGGCUGUUUAUGUUCUCUCCAGUUUUUAAAGAUAUAUAUAUAUAUAAUUUGCAAUCUAGAAAUUGUGUGAUGGAUGUUUUCUUUAAAGUAAGUGUGUGCGCGUGUGUGUGUGCGCGUGUGUGUGUACAAGAUGAAAGGAAUACUGACCUUAAUCCUGCAACCCUCAUAACUGAUUUUAUUUUUCACCUGAGAAGUUCCACUGAUUUUGGUGGAAGCCAUGUGAGGAAGAUGGAAUAAUCUCCCCUCCUGGAGGCCAGGUUUUGCCCUUAGAUGUGCAAAUAGUGUUCCUGUGGAAAGCUGAGCUGUAGGAGCAGAGGCUGGCCAGCACUGAGCACCUCUGAAAUUAUCAUUCAGAUCCUCAAGAGGCACCCGUGCAGGAGGAGAUUUGGCUUUGCUUUUGCAAUACAGUCUUAUCUAAGCCUGCAAAAAUCAUGGGGAAGCUUUCAUCUGAUUUCAAGAAGUAUCGGGUCAGGCUUAUUUUGCAUGCAUAUUUUUCUUUUCCAAAACAUUCCUGCUGGGAAGCAAUACAAAUUGGUUGUGUUUAAUGAGUUUUCCCCAGGAACCAGACCCAUUUCAAAUGAACUAAAUGUCAGAAGAAUUUUAAGGGUUAGCAUCGUAAUCAAAAAGCUCUUUUUUUGCUUGUAUUUUGAAGCUGUUGUGAACAUGCAGAUGUUUAGAGAAGUCACCUAGCACGUACAGUUGAAUGCUGGAAGGUCCUUCUGUGCAGCUGGUGGAGGGCUGAUCUUCCCCAAGUCCUUGUCCAUUGCGGGCAGUGGACACCUCAGAGCUGGCACAAUGCAGAGCGUUGAUAACUUAUUACUCACGUUCAACACCAUUUUAGCAGACUUUUCUCUUAUCUAGGCAUUGAAACAUGGGUGUGGGGUAUCAAACUGCUUCCAUUUGACUGACUUUACCUGUAUCUUUGUAAUUUAUGCACAGCAUUAUAUGUUCAGCAACAUUAAGGGCAAAAAAAGCAAGGGUGUAUCAAAUAAACUCCACGGUGCCAAAUACUCGACAAAUAUUGUAACUGCAGAUAUUUAAUUCUUCAUUUUCAGCCAUGUUAAGAAUCACUUGAUUAAUGAAGGAGUUUAAGGAAAAAAGAAGUUAUUAAGCUAUGCAGUGCCAUUGUUAUGUUGGGUGGUAAAUGAUGCUUUUUAGACCAUUAGAUUGGUUUAGUAUAUCGUGUCUGCUAAACUAGAGAUACUGCAUCCAUAAAACAAUGAAUUUUAAAAAGGCAGAGGGUGCAUAACUGUCUCAUAAAAUAUGUAUAAUUGUCAAGUAUAAGCCUUUGAAAUCAUUCUGUACAGUUCUCUUCAUUCUGCAAAUUUAUUACAUAGACUGCUGUCUUUUCAAAUGUUAGCUCAUAAUUUUGUACUGUACACACACAUUCAGACUCAAACACAAAUGUCACAGAAUAGAACCUUUCUAAAAGCCUGAUUGCUUGAAAUUCUGUAACCCCUUUCACAAUUUCAUUUUGUUCCAUUCUGAAAGUCCAAGGUGAAGGAGAAUAGCGUGCUGACAUGAUGCAAAACAAACUCCCUGUGUUCAAGAGCUGUUGUUUGUCAGUAUAGUCAAAAGCCCCCCUUGAAUGGAGUUAUAGAAACACGAUUCCAGGGCACUUAACGUUUCAUUUCUAUUUCUGUUUACCUUUUUUUUCAUUUAGUCUCUUCUCUUGGUAUGUAUGAGAGAGGCAGUUGAAUGGGGUUACUUACAAUAUUUUUAAGCUGUAACUUAAAAUUCCUGCAUGAUUGUUGUUUUAUUUCUUUUGAGAAUGCGACUUUUGAAAACCUCUCUCCCAAUCUCAUUCCUUUUUUUUUUUUUUUAAGGAUUAUCAGAUGCCUGAAUCAUGAAGGGCUUUACUGUCAGUGCUUUGGUACAGAUUCAAGAACAGCUUUGCUUUAAAGAAAACACACAGGCCAAAACCUUCAUCCAUCCUAGCAGGCUCUUUGUUUUUUUGGUUUCAAAACCACAAGUCAGUUUUGCCUGCAACCCAGAUUUUGGUACAGAAUAACAAAUAAAGAGUCUCAGACAUCCUCCCGCUUCCCAAAUUGCAGUAUGGGCCUUUGCCCCUCAGCACUUUGCUUCCAUCCCGCGACUGCCUUAACCGUGCAGGAAACUUGAGAACACGGGUGCAGUUAGAGAAAUGCCCAUUCCUGGGAACAGAAACAGGGGCAUGGUCUGAGCUGUGCAGUCUAGAUCCAGUGGUGGAAAUUUUUCCUUCAUUUUCAGGGGCAUUGAAAUUCAGGGUUUUGUUGAGACCUCAGUCUCAGCAGAAAUGUUGUUUUGACAUUUCCAAGCACUGUGUUGCCUGCAUGGCUACCUGCUAAGCAGUGGGAUGUUUGGAAAAAAUAAACUACUUGAGAUUUAACAGUCUCUAUAGGGUUGUCCAGUUGCCUUGCAUGACUUGAGGCUGAGGUUUCCUUUCCCUUACAUGGAUACCACCCUGGCAUAAGCUCAGUGGAAUCAAAAGAGGACCCAAUCUAAAUUGGGUGCAGAUGACACUAGAAUCCAUUUCUUUGCAUCUUUGUUAACAAGGGGAUGCAUUUUCAGAACCUUCUUUUUAUAUAGAUUGAAAUCUUACAUUUUUCUGACUUUACCCAGCACGUCCUGGAUGUAAAGUGGGACCAAAAAGGCCAUUGUGUGAAUUAUCUAGAUAAACCUUCCAUUCCUUGGGAAUUCAACUGAUAGGGGCCUCACUCUGCCAUACUCCCAUAGGAUGCGCAGAACUACUCAGUGCUGCUACUGUUAAUCUCACUUGGGUCUCACCUUGCUAGGAAGGUGAAAAUGGAAAGAUGCAGAGAGGAAUUGGUUUCAAUUAGCUGAGUUAGCUAUGCUUCAAAAUGCUUCAGAAUUGAACUGAUGGUCUGCAGACAUUUGGAAAGUGAUUGGAGUACUUCCAAAUGGCUGAGAUGCAUUGGCGUUUGUUUCUUGAAAAAAAAAUUUCAAGAAUUAAAGGAAUGAACGAAAUUUGGAGUCCCUUCUACCCCCAUCAGAGUAGAAGCUCAUCACAUUGCUGUUGGAGACAAUGUACUUGAAGUUUGCCUUUGUGUCUAAGUCAGAUACAUAGUUUUUUCCCAGUAAAUGAGAUCCUGGGAGACAGAGGGGUGACUCCAUCUCGUAACCAGCAGUUUUAGUCCACAGCAAACCCAAGAUGACAGGAAGGCUACCAGCACUGCGAAGCUUUAGCCCCCCCCAGUCAGCCAUGGCUAUUGCUGCCAUACAAGUUUGUCACAGCUGAGCGUGUUGGGCUUAGUAUUUUCUUAAGACUUGGGACAGUCUCGAUGUGAUGUUUGUUUUAUUCUUGGCAGGUGACAUGGGGAAUUGUCAGUAUGAAGAGACAUAUGCAAAUGCUUUACUGCGCUGAUGUGAUAGCAGUUUUGUUCCUUUAUUCACAAGAGUUUCCAGACACAUUCCUACUCUGCCUUUAGACAGCCAUGCUCAUCUAUUUCCAUAGUUUCACGUGAACUGUCUUUGCAGACAGAAGCAGAUUUGUUGUUGUUCUCUCUCUAGGUCUGAUUAAUGCCUGCAAAAUUCACAAGGUUUCUGUGCACAGGGCAGAGGACCCCUGAGUAUAAGCAAUAAUACUGACCAUUUCCGUUAGGAGUUUUUGCUUUUCCUACCUGAAUCUGAUUUCACAUUUCCCAACAUCCCAUGCUGCUGCUGUAGUUCGCCCUUUUUUGUUGGCAGCAACUCCAGGAGACAGGCAGCCAAGAAACAAUUGGUGUGAAUGUAGGCAGCCGUUUAUUAAGAUGGGCAGACCUGUGCUAGGAGCCUUUGGCAUGAGCCAAGCGCAGCUUCUGUUAUCUGAUGGCUGAGGUCGAUCCAAAGCGGAAAAGAACAACGAUGGCAUUGUGGCUGAGCCCCCUGGAGUCCCUGAAAGGGUUAUCUUCUAUGUUCCUGGCUAGACCUCCCUGCCCUACCUCCCUGAGACCCAUAGUUUGUGGGCAUUUCUUCCAAAUUGACCAUGAUCUUCCUUUCUCCAGCCACAGUUCUUCCUUCCUCCCAAUGGCAAAGCACGGCUCGGCUCAACCAAGUCAAUACAAGGUGUUCAGAAUUAUUGAGUGUCAUUUAAAUUUGCCUGGGAUGCCAGCAGGUCUCACUUAGCAUUACAUAUGCUCAAAAUGUUGUAGUUUGUUCUGCUUUUAUACACUAAAUCUAAUAUUCUUGGCUGCAAAUGAUAUUUUCUAUCAUUCCGUUCACAUUUCUAGCCCAUCUGAGUCUUAAUACAAUUGCUUCACUUAAAAAAAAAAUGGCCUUUCAGCAGUUCUUAGACAUUAGGUACUUCUUUAUUAACUAGUGAUGCCAAGUAAAAUCUUUGGGCAUUGUCUGUUCCCUGAAUUCAGUGGAGCAGAAGCAGGGUCUGUCUCCUCAGAAGCAAUACCAGUAUUUUCUUUGACAGAGUGUGAGCAUGGACCGCUUAUUUUUUUCACCUUCAGUCUUGCCAUAGCUCUCAGCUAUGAGUGCCGCUCAGUCCUGAGAGGACACAGGGGGAUUCAGGAGAAGCCACAUGGGCAAAGGAAUCCAUUUAGAUGGCUGCAAAAGUGGGACCGUAGGAUGUAUGUAGCGUAUAUGUUGUUUUGCUUAACAAAACCUUGCUUUAGUCUCUAAUUUGUUUGAUGAAUGGAGUGAUUCCAAUGAUGGAGUCUUUGGAAUACCAUGAGUCUGCGAUGUUUCCCUCUCUUUCUUCAGCUUAAAUGUGGCAGAGCAGAGUAUCACCCCCUAGGAAGGAAAAGAUUAGCAAUACCCCAACAGUUUGUAGUGCUGGGCUUGUUCUAGAUGAAGUUGGUGUCUGCCAAUGGCAGAAUGCAAUAAGAAACUUGUCAAGUCCAAGUCAGCAAAUAAUUUAUAGCAACUGCAUAAAUAAAUUUUCUUUUUUUAUUAUUUUUUCCCCUGCAAAUUGCUGAGAAAACUAAGAAGAUGCCUCCAGUGUAUUUGCAAGAUCAUUUCUGCAAAUCAUCUCUUGUCUAGAGGGACUUGGAAAAACUUUCUUGUAAUUCUUACAUGUUGGUUUAUUCUGGCUGGACACAGAAAUCAUGGGGGAUGUUUCUGCUCCCUGAGUUCUCUAAGCUGGGAUUUUAUCAUCAGUACAAGUAUUUAGUUCAAAAAUAUGUGAUUAGGAUUUAAGUAAGAGGAUCCUUGCUCAAUGCCAGUGGGCUGAGCGCCACUGGACAUACAGUGCUCCAGGACAGCCAAAGUGCUGGCUUCCAACUCACAAUCGACAUUUGAGGGAUAUUCUCUCACAGAUGCUUGAAAUUCUCUGCCCCUCCCAGUGUUCCUACCAGUUAAUGCAUUCAUUUGAGUAAUUACUGAGAGCAAACACGAGAAGGGUAUGAACCCAGACAAAACCAAAUUGGUAUUAAGGUGAAGCAGGUGGUGCAAGUUUUAUUUGCAGUGUUUGCACAGCUCUUGGAUUGGAAGCAAAAGUCUCUCGGAAAUCUGAGAGUCGCAUCUGGGCUAACAUAUCGUAGUUCUUCCCAAUUGAAUUGCCCAGUGGUAGGACAGCAAAAGGCGUCUUUCCCUGCUACAUAUAUCUUAGCCCUUCAAUACCCUUUUCUUUUGCAGUAUGGCAUCGCACAAAUACCAGCUCAUUUACCCCUCAAUGUAAACUACAUCUCAGUGCUACGUUUUUGGUGCCUCACAGCUCUUAACUGUGUGAACUUUAAAGGAAGAAAUGACCCCUGUUCUUCACCUGCGACUCUUUCUGCCUAAUCGGAGGAUCCUUCUUGAAGACUCACAGCCAUUGUCCUUACUCGCAGUGGAACCAAAACUGUGUUCUGUUGAUCGCAGUUGGCCUGUAAGCUGUGCUCAGAGGUCUGUAAUGUGUCUACAGUCCCACAUUGCCUUCACGAUGUUUUCAGUGCAAAGCACGGUGAUGAGGCUGUGCGUAACCGUCCCUGACAAAUGUGAAGGGUUGCUGUGGUCUAUGACCACCAAAGUUCGGGAGUCGCUAUGUUAGCACUUGAAAGCAGCUCCCAUCAUCUACUUUUGGGAAGGAGCCAUCUCAGCAGGGUUCAGUGGAAAGGUGCGGCAGCGCUGGGACUUCACAGCGCUUCAAACAAAAAGGAGCUCUUGGCUUGCUUUGGUACCAUGUCCAUGUGGAGGAGGGGUGGGGAUGGGAGCAGGGGAAGAGCUGUGACCUUUUAAAACCCAUAGUGCCUACCACUGCAAAUGGAACGCUGUAUUGUAUUAUAUUAGACGUGACUACCAUGUAAAUAAAGUACAAUAAAUGUGCUGUUCGUUAGGCUUUUGAUACAACUCAACUGCAGUUCUGCAGAAAUGUUUUUUUUCCCUGCUGUAUAUACUUGAAUCACAUUCCAGGCAUGGGGCCAUUUGGGGUCGUGUGAGCUAGAAAUGCAUUAAUGACAUUAGAAGGGAAAUGUUUGCUCUAAGACUUUGAAAAUUCCUUUUGCCCUGUAUAGAUGAGACUCGAUCACUAUAUGAAGACCAGCCAGAGUGGAGGGAGUGAGGGCAGCUUCAAUAUGCAGGAGGAGAGCAGCUCUUAACUCAACGUGGCUUGUAAGCAGAAGCAACAGUACUGCGCAGCCAGUCCUUGGCUGUGCUUCAUGCGUGAUGGAGGAAAAGCAAAGUUUUUGUUUAGCUGAUUUCUCGUUGGGUGUUUUCCAAAAGUUGAUCAGAAGCGCAUACUUUGCCUGUGUAACCUGGUUAUUCUCCACCCUUGAGAUCCUCUAGCAGCACCUACAGCUGAGCAAACUUGAGAGCUUAAAAUUCAAAGCUGAUUGGGAAAGAAGUUCUCCUGUUCUUAACUCAACCAGCUGGCCUCUCUGUGGCUCUGGCAAACAUUGAGGGGCUUUAUUUUACUAAUAAGAAUAUUAGGAACUUACUUUGUUCCUUUAGCUGCUCCCUUCUCUAUCCUGUUUUCCCAUGGUGUAAUCACAGACUUAGCGCAUUUCAUUGAGGCAGGUCUGCCACGUGCCCUCCAGAUCUUCAUGCAUCUCUUAACUGGGUUGUUGGUGAAAGUUAAUCCAGGCUUCAGAAGCUCAGGACUUCUCUGGCAAGUGUUCACAGCUGGUGCAUGGGUGUAAUCUUCCGCUGGUGUGUGGAGAGUGCUUCCACACUGAUUGUCUUGCUGGAGAAACAACCGACUCAUGCGGUUUGUUACACCUAUGGCUCAAAACUCCCCCAAAGAGCUCUGUGCAGGGUCCACAAUGUUGGAGAAGUACCUCCUGACUUCCAGACCAAACCAGUCAGCGAUGUUUGCCCCUCAUACUAUUGCUGUUCUUCAUAGUCACCUGGGCAGAGCAGCAUUUGUGAGUGCUUGUAUGUGAAGAAGGUUCUUCCUGCAUCUCCACAGAUGGUCUGGAGCAUUGUGCAUGGGGUUUGGAUUGAGCCCAGGUGCUUCUCUCCUGCCUUGGGCUGUAGGUUAGUCUUUUCCUACAAUGCCCGAGGGAAAGUGGUCCUUAGAAAGGUCAUUGAAGUGUACUGGUUUGACUGCUGGUAAUUUUGCAGAUGUUUAGCAGCACUUCCAAAAUAAACCAAAACCUGGUUUGGAAAAGGAAAAGUUUCACUGUACGAUUGAUGUUAAAAAAAAUAGAAAAAAAAAAAAAAGAAAGAGAAACCACAUGCUCAAUAUAUUUUGAGUACUGUGUUCUGUAUUUUUGCAGCUUAUAUUUUCCAGAUGAGCAGUUUAGAAAUAUGUGAUGUGAAAUACAUACUGUAAGUUUGCUGUAAAUGAUAUUAAAAC